AUGUCUUAUCAACAGCAGCAGUGCAAGCAGCCCUGCCAGCCACCUCCUGUGUGCCCACCCCCAAAGUAUCCUGAGCCAUGCCCAUCCCCAAAGUGUCCUGAGCCAUGCCCAUGCCCAAAGUAUCCUGAGCCAUGUCCACCCCCAAAGUGCCCUGAGCCAUGUCCACCUCAGCCAAGCCAGCAGAAAUGCCCUCCUGUGCCACCUCCUCAACCCUGCCAGCAGAAGUGUCCACCCAAGAGCAAGUAA